AUGAAGAAGUUAUGCUACAGUUUUAAAAUCUUGCGUGCAUUAAUUUCAACACGUCUUAAUGACCGCAUUCUUUCAUUCCAGGUAAACUGUAAUUUCUUCAGAAUGGACAAAAUUUGGCAUUGUGGUGUUAUGAAAUACCUGCAGAAAAACGAUUUAUCCCCUAAGGACAUUUCUGCUGUCAUGAUUGGUAUAUUAGAGGAUGACACUCCGGUUUUAUCAUCAGUGCAAGAGUGGGUAUUUCAGUUUGUGAGUGGAAGGGAGAGUCCUGAAGAUGAUCCAAGAUCUGGACGCCCGGCAACUUCCACUCCCCAGGAAAAUAUUGAUCAUAUUCAACAGAUGCUGAUGAAUGACAGGCGAUGGACAAUAAAUCAAAGAGUCAAUGCUAUUAGUAUAUCUGAUGUGUGUGUUAAGAAUAUUCUGCACAAUGAACUUGGCAUGACGAAGGCUUUUGCUCGGUGGGUGCUAUGUCUUCUGAUAAUCGAUCAAAAAUUUGACAUUGAGCCAGAUCCUGCUGGUGGCCUUGAUCGUUUCUAA